AUGAGCCGAAUUUUUAUUUUGACAUUCGUUUUAUUUGCUACACUUUUUGCGGUCAAUGCAGCACCACUUGCACUUGAAAAAAGAGAUAUUCAAAUUCAACCAUGUCCCGGUUUGCCACCAGAUGUAGUGGGACUCGAUGUAACAGUGACACCUGAUCCUGUCGUUCCUGGAACAGAAGAAACGUUUGACAUUAAAGGAACAAUGAAAAAAGACAUUGUCACUGGAGAUUUUCUUAGUAUUGCAUUCAUCGAUAAUGUCGUGAAACAACCCAUAGGAGAUCCCCUUGUUGUGGAUAUUUGUUCAUUACCUGGAGCCACUUGUCCGACUAAAGCCGGAACUGCAUUUUCUACAACGCAGAAAUACACUGCACCAAAAGAAUUGCCUACGUCAUACGCUAUUAAAAUUGGAAUUGGACAUCAUGUACAACCACCUAAUGUUGAACUAAUAGCCUGUGAAAUUGCUCUUGUUCAAAAUGAUCAAGACAAAAAUAUUGAAUGCCCUUAUUGUGGUGAAACUUUACCAAAUCUAUUACCAUCAAAAGUUUCAGAGUAUUUAAAUGAUAUCUCAACGGGAACAAAAUCGGCUCGUACUAUAGUUGAACAAUAUGAGUUUUGUCUAGUUCAUAAGUUAUCUAAUCGAAUUACAGAAUUGAAGUCAGAUUUGCUAAAAAUUAUAAAAGGUCAACGUCAUAGUGAAUUUCGUGUAGAUGCAGUUAAAAGAAUUCAAGAAAUAGGUAAAUCAAAAGUGGGUCAUCCAUUACUAUAUCAAAUCAAUUAUUUUGAAUCUUUUCAACCUGGAUAUUAUGGGCCUAAAGUCCAAGUUUUGGUACCUGAAACUGCGAUUAGGCUUAUUGCAGAGGAUCUUGGAGGUAUUCCUUUGGAUAUGGCAAAAAAUGUUAUGAACGAUAGUGUUGAAUUUGGAUUUUAUGUUCAUAAAGAUAGUAAUACGUAAUUUUACUUUAAUAUAUUGUAAUUAUGUUUAAUCGAUGCAUUAUAUUUUACCAAAAUAUAUUUUCUUUAUUUCAAAUACAUCAAGUAAAUAAUUAAUAUAAAAAAAUACUCAAGAAAAAAUAAAACACUUUUUGGAACCAACUCACAGCCCAAGAGGAGAGAAUAAGUUAAUUAAAAGUG